GCUGACAUAAAAAAAAACCAAUGCAACGCGGAGUGGCGGCGGCGUCUUUAUUAUAGUGAAAUUUUGUGCAUUUUAAGCGUGAAAAGUUGUUUAGAAUAAUAAAUAAACGCAUUAUAAGUGAUUUCGGUCGCCUAAGAAUACACAAGUUUUAUAGAAUCCUGAGUUCUUAAAAUCACAGCCAUGGAUAUUCGACCAAAUCACACAAUAUACAUUAACAAUCUCAACGAAAAAAUUAAAAAAGAAGAGUUGAAGAAAUCCCUCUACGCGAUCUUCUCACAAUUUGGACAGAUAUUAGACAUAGUCGCAUUGAAAACAUUGAAGAUGAGAGGGCAGGCGUUUGUCAUAUUCAAAGAAAUAUCCAGUGCGACAGUAGCAUUGAGGAGUAUGCAGGGAUUCCCCUUUUAUGAUAAGCCAAUGAGGAUCCAAUACUCAAAAACAGACAGUGAUGUGAUAGCGAAAAUAAAGGGAACAUUCCAAGAGAGACCAAAACGUCCGAAAAUGCCCAAAGGUCCCGAUGAGAAGAAGAAGAAGAAUAAGGAAGCCGCAAGGCCUGGUGCCAUUGGCUACGGUCAGGGAGGUGUACUUAACAAUGUCAAUGCGGAACAACCACCAAACCAGAUUCUGUUCCUUACAAAUCUGCCUGAUGAGACAUCAGAGAUGAUGUUGUCCAUGUUGUUCAACCAAUUCCCUGGCUUCAAAGAAGUCCGUCUUGUACCGAACAGACAUGACAUUGCGUUUGUUGAGUUUGCCAAUGAAAUGCAGUCUGCUGCUGCCAAAGAAGCGUUACAAGGGUUCAAGAUCACACCCACACAUGCUAUGAAGAUUACUUUUGCUAAGAAGUAAAUUGCAAUAACAAAUUCAUAGUACAAAUUAAGCCUUUACUAUGUAUAGAAUGGACUAUACUUGUACUGUACUAAGUAUUCAAUAAAGAUUAAGUAUUUGAGAACUGUUUUGAGCAUUGCACUUCGCCUUAACAGCUCUCCGGCUGUGA